ACUGAAAUUACUGGACUCGGGUGGAUAACGUACAACACACAUAGGAAAAAGAGUAGCGAGAAAACAACCCAUUACUGCUCCGCAGAAGCCAUGCUGAUUAUUCAAUCAAUACCAUGCCCUCUCUCGUUCUCGGCGCCUUGUAAAACCUUUCAAGCACAAUCCUUGUUAGGAAAUUUAUUUGCGCAAAAUAAGCAUAUAGUACGUUGCUACUCAAGUCAAAAGUCAAAAAAUGAUGAAUCACAGAAUGAAGAGAAAAUUAAGCGCAGGUUUGUACUUUUCUUGGUCUCAUCAAGUUUUUAUCCAGCUCUAUAUUCUUCUGCAAAGACAAAGGGUGAGAACCCAUACAACGAAAAGCGUUUGCUAGAGCAAAACAGACGCGUACAGAAAGACAAUAACGCACCUGAUGACUUUCCAAAUUUUAUUAGAGAAGGUUUUGAGGUUAAGGUGGUAGCCUCGGAGAAUUAUGUAAAGUGUGACUCGGGGCUUGUAUACCGAGAUUAUGAAGUUGGUAAAGGUGAUUGCCCAAAGGCUGGUCAGCAGGUGACUUUCCACUACACUGGCUAUAAUGAGUCAGGCCGUCGUAUUGACAGUACCUACUUACAAGGUUCUCCAGCCAAAAUCCGUUUGGGCAAUAAUGCAUUGGUUCCAGGGUUUGAAGAAGGUAUUCGAGACAUGAGACCUGGGGGGAAAAGAAGGAUCAUUAUUCCGCCAGAGCUUGGGCCACCGGUCGGACCUUCCACAUUUUUCAGCGCAAAACAGUUUGAAGUUUUUGAUGUUGAACUGCUCAGCAUUAAGGAUUGUGAAAGGAGAACCAUAGGCUUUUACUCUGAUGUUGUGUGCAACUGAGUGAGAAGGCUUUUGGUGUUUAUUACAAACUCUCCUCUUGGGCAACCUUCAUUCCCUCUUUUUCCUACCUCACUUAAUCGUUAUUCAGGAUAUUAUCGUAGCAACGGACACUUUUAUUCGCAAGUUCAAUGCUGUGCGCUUUAAGAUUUGCUUCAGCGCUGGAUGGCUCUACUCAAUUAGGUUGGCUUGAUUAGAACAGAACCCUCCCAAACCCUACCCUCUCCAACCACCGUAGGACAUUGAACAAAUGCAAAUUUAAUGCAUGAGACUUGAACUUGCGACC